AUCCUAUCUUCUGACUUCGUUUCACAUUCUCUUUUUAUCUAAAGUUUCCUUUUUCCCAAACCCAACAUAACACAUAGAAGGCUCUACUUCUCGGGGAAGACAUUGGAGAAGUGAAGCCAUGAAUGUUGAAGAAGAGGUCGAGCGUCUGAAAGAAGAAAUCCAAAGGCUUGGCAAAGUCCAAGACGAUGGUUCUUACAAGGUCACAUUCGGGGUGCUAUUUAAUGAUGAUAGAUGCGCAAACAUAUUUGAAGCAUUGGUUGGGACGCUAAGAGCGGCAAAGAAGCGGAAAUUUCUCACAUAUGAAGGCGAGCUACUGUUGCAAGGAGUCCAUGACAAUGUGGAAAUCAUACUUAAACCAACCCUAGCAGUAGCAGCACCUAAGGCAACUGAUGCAGUUGGGACGAGUUAGAAGAUUUCUGCACUUUUUCGAUUGCAUGUCCUCUUAUAUAUCAUGUUGUAUUGUGUGUGAAAGAGACUGUAAAAUCCUUUUGAGACCCAUGCUUGGCAGUUGCCCUCAUUUACCUUUAUUUACUAUCAAAGUGUUGGUUUCAAUAAUUUGAGAUAAACUGAAACCAGAGUGAAAGGGCACCAGCAGGUAAACAAGCUUAUGUAAUUACUUUCCAUCUCUGACUUUUUAAUAUAUUUGAAUGCAACAAGAUUUCCGCA